AUGGGUCAAAUUCAAAGUAAUCUCAUCGCCACAAUUACACCACAAAUUCAAAAUUCUAUAUCGUUUGAUAAUCUAUGUAAAUUAAACGAAUCCACCAAUAUUAAUUACAUUGAUGAAAAAUCUUUUACGGAUUAUUUAAACAUUCCCGAUGAGAUUGGUGCAGGACCAUUAAUUUAUCGAUCAUUUAUCAAUCUUGGCAAUUAUCCCUCAUCAUCAAUUAAUCAUAAUUUAACUUAUAAUGGUUUAAUAAAAGCUGUUGCAAUUUAUUGUGAUAAGUUCAAAGAAGUAAUUACUGAAGAUCGAUUAAAACUUAUUUUUGAUUCUUUUUCGACCCCUCUUGAUCAUAAUAACAACAGCAACAAUGAUUGUUCUAAUAAUAGAUCAAGUGUUUCUUCAGAAACACCAUCACAAACUUCUUCCACUACUAUUUCUAAAGAUGAUGACGAUUUCCUUAAAUUAUAUGAUGUUGAUCAAAGUGAUGAAGACAACUCACCUAAGGUUCAAUCUCAAGAUUUGGUAAAAGUAUUGACAGCUAUUGUUUGGAUUAUGUCAUCUGAAAUGUCUUUAACAACAGCAUCAGAAGAAUCAACUAAUAAAUUAAUAUCUUUGCAAAAUAUAAAUCAAAUUCGUGAUGCUAUCGUACCAAUUGUUGAUCAUAUGUCAAGAUAUAAUAAUAAAUCCUUUGAGCCAAAUAAAGAGUCAACAAAAUCGUCUUCUGAUAUUACUUGGUUAAUUUUUAAAAAAUUUAUCGAAAGAAAUCUACCAAAUAUAUUUCAUGGCUUUACUAGAUUUUUCUAUAAUCGGUUUUUGAUAGGUCAAACGCUUUCACGACGAACAGAAAUAGUUUAUUAUUGGCCAACUUUGGAUCAUCAAUCUGAAAUCUUGGAUCCAAUAGAUAUGGCAAUAUUGUCAUGGAUGUUACCAGAUAAAGCGAUGAAGAAACGUGUUUGGAAUCGGUUAUUUAUAGGAAGCUCACACGGUUUCAGCAUGAAUUGUUUCUCCAGUCGUCUAUUUAAAUAUCCUGGCCCAACGUUAAUUUUAAUACAAGCAAUCAUAACAAAUCAACAAACUUUGUUCUCUACCACUCUUACAGCAAAAAAAACUACAACCAAAAUAGAAAAUAAUAAUGAAAAUUCAUCAGAAUCAGAAUCACAACAACAAACUUUGUUAUUAGGUGCUUAUGUAGCAGAGCCAUGGCGUACAACCAAUUUACCUAAAGCAUGUUUUGGAUCAGAUGAAUUUUUUUUAUUUGAAAUUUGGCCAACUUUAGAAGUUUUCCCAGCCACUAAAAAUAAUACAAGAUAUGCAUAUUAUAAUCCUUCAUUUGGUAUUGGUUUUGGUGGUUUGGCCACUGCAGGUCAAGGUUCUAGUAAGAUAGUAUCACCAGACUUAAAUUCAUUUGUGCUUCAGCUUGAUAAUAGUCUUCAAUUUGGUAGAUAUCGCAAUGACGCGUUAAGAGAAUUAUCACCCACCUACUCAUUAUCUAAUACAAGGGGUUAUUUUGAUAUAUCAUUUGAAGUUUUGGACAUUGAAGUCAUUGGAUUAGGUAGUGCUGGUGCUCUUGAUAAACAAAGGAAAGAAUGGAAAUUGGAGGAUAAUGUGACAAAGAGACAACAUGGACAUAGAAGAAAAUAUAUUGAUAUUGAAAUAUUGAAGCUUGCUGGAAUUAUUGAAGAAGAAUCUCGUAGAGAAAUACCAAGGAAAUCAUUAACAUUAUAG